CACACGGAUAUGGCUGACGAGAGGGGUGGAGGAGACGACAACAUCAACGACAACAUGGGCAACCAGUUACAGCUUUUACCAGACAAUGAGGAAGAGGAGGAGGAAGAUGACAUGGAGACUGAGGACCGAGACAAUGGGGAGGCAGAGAAGCCCACCAUCAUCACCUUUGACCCCAGUCUGCCCACAUCACACGCUUACCUGGGAUCAGACAUGGAGGAGUUUCACGGCCGCACAGUCCACGACGAUGACAGCUGUCAGACCAUCCCUGUGCUGCCUCACACAGCUGUGAUGCUGGUGCCGGGUCAGACGCUGCCUCUGCAGCUGUUCAGGCCACAGGAGGUCAGCAUGAUGCGAAACGUCAUCCAGAGAGACCGCACCUUUGCUGUGCUCGCACACAG